AUGCCAGUCUACAUGCUCUACGGCUUCCGAUGGCCCCGAGCUGGUUUUACCGGAAUCCGGGUCUACAUCGUCUUGCACAACCUAGAAGACGCUACGGCGGAAUACAUACAAAGACCGAUAACGAACAAGUCGCUGCUGGACUCAUUUAGGAAGACGGAGCCGGAUAUCAUGUCGAAUCUUCCCGAACUACGCUUCAUUGAACAGUAUGACCCCGAGGACGAAAGCGAUGAGGCAGUCAGCAAGCCUUAUGCUUAUGUUGCUGCGAAAACGAUCAGUAUACCCGAGGCAGGGUCUCCUAAUGCAGGGAGCUCCUGGAAUACCGAUAUAUUCCAGGAGAACCCGCUGGAUCCGGCUAGUUCAGAAGCGUUGGCCAAAUUCCGGGAUAAAUAUGCGGCUGGGGAGAGGAUUGGGUGGUGGAUUGUAUACAACGGGGAUCCAGAGCGGUAUUUUCCUCAUGACGAAGAUGAGGAUGGUAUGAUGGAGGAUGAUGGCUACGAUGACGAUGACGACGAGUAUGACCGUGAUGGGUCGUCUAGUAACACACCGUCGACGCCGACAAUACGGCUUCCCGAGACAUUAACGCGAUUCUUCAACAAAACGUUUUCGUGA